ACUAAAGAAUUAAAAUAAUGGCGGCUCCCAUGUUUGUUUACCGUUUUCCGAACCGAGAAAUGCUGCUUAGUCGUUUAAUCAUUUUUAAUUACUUUAAUUUUAGGCGUGUACCAUUUAAAUUUUUCAGCAGGAUUGCUAGUGCUAAGAACUACUUUGCUAUGAUGCAUCAGUCCUGCUAUUUUAACUGUUUGGAUGAGGUUUAGAAACAGUGGCAGUUUCGUCCACGGUUCUAUUUCUGGCUGCUGAACAGCUGGUUACAUUGAGUUUUCAUGGUUAUGUUUAUCAAUAACACGAAUACUAGGCAGUUUCUCUUUGAAAGUUCUGAAGGCAGCCUUCCUCCCUCCUUUUGUGCAGAGAGCUGUACUGUAUUUUGCCAUAAUAUAAUCUAAUGCAUUCUUUGUAUUCUGAUGAAAGAAAAGGAAAAUGAACAUGCUGGAUAAAGUUUCAUGCCAUUUCCAUUACAGUGUGGGCAGGAAUCGCCAAUUUCACAAGUUUGUUAGGAAACCGAAAAGCAGUGAAUCACCUAUAUCUCAUGAAGUUUUGAAAACUCUCUUACAAGAAUGCAAGUCCGUUGCUGACCAAAUUGAAGUCUUUCAGUCAUAUGUGAAGCUAGAUCAUGAAGAUAAAGCUCUUCGUUAUUCUGUAUGUCAUGAACUAGAAAACAUUCUCAGACCUUAUUUUCCCAGAUGUUCUAUUCAUCUUGUUGGAUCUAGUGUAAAUGGUUUUGGGGUAAAAGGGUGUGAUAUUGAUUUAUCAUUACAAUUUUCUAAUUUAGAGAAUGAAGAGAAUGAAAUUGCAGAAGAUACCCAUUGUGGAGUAUUCGCUGAAGAUCUGGAAUUAGAUGAAAUAUCUGCCCCAAAAAUUCAACCUCUUUCUCCAAAACAACAGCUGUUUGCCAUCCGUAAAAUUUUAGAAUCUUCAGAUUUUGAAGGACCAUUUUCUGUAAUCCCUGGGAUUUGCCCAAUUCUGCAUUUUACUUACAGAAAGUUAUCUUGUGAUUUAUCUCUUGAUAACAAGUCUGCAUUAUAUGGGACAAAUUUGAUGCGCUUCUGUGAAAAGUUAGAUAGUCGAGUAGCUCCUCUUUUUCAAAUAAUUAGUUACUGGGCUAAAGGUUCACACUUGAUUGGAGGGCCAUUAAAAUUCAAAACUUAUGCAUUUUUCCUUCUUCUUGUUUAUUUUCUCCAGACUCGGACUCCUCCUGUUCUACCACCUGUGGAUAUCAUAUUAGAUAAAACUGAUUUUCAAAAACAUCUUGGAAAUUGGUCAUAUGAUAUCUCUAAAUAUGUUAACAGCUUUUCACCAUCUGAAAAUAUGCAAACUGCAGAAGAAUUACUGCGAGAGUUUUUCUUCUUUUAUUCAAACUUUGAUUUAUCAUGGGUUAUUUGCCCUAGAAGUUCUGAUGUAAUGAAUAUAUGUUUUUUUAAACCAAAAGAUGGAGAAGAUAGUGGUUUUGAAUUGAAUACAGUUUGCAUUCAAGAUCCCAUUGAUCUACACUGGAAUGUGACAAAAGGUGUGUCAUAUAAAUAUUGUAAGAAAUUUGGAAAAAGCCUUCUUUCUGUUUGUGAAAUUUAUCAGCAUACCAAGAACAUAUUUUUGUCUCCCCAGAACUGGGGCCUUAUAUCUAUUUUUGACAGCAAACUUAAUCCCGAUUUAUUUAUUAGCAAUGACUGUGUUACAAUACAAUUACCAUUGCCUAUAUCUGCAGUCAAUUUAUCUUCUAUGGAAAGUUUUGAGAAGGAAAUACAAAAUGUUGCUAAGUAUAUUUUUCACAUCUUGGAUUAUUGUUUAUUAUUUCAAUGCAAAUUUCUAGAUAUGACCAAUGAAACAGAAUUAUUUGUCUCACACAAUAACAGUACUUGUAAAGAUAAAAUUCCAUCACAAUACCACUUUUCUGAACAUCUUAUUUAUUGUGCAUCUUGUAUUGCAUCUAAUGCAUGGUAUGGAAGAAAUAGCUGGAAUGUUCGAAGAACAGGGACUAAUUUUAAUAAAUUAGAUACUGAACGUCAUAUAUCGAAAUUAAUAGUUCAAUACAGAGAAAAUGAAAUGGAGAAACAGAACAGUUUUUCACUUCAACAGAAGAAAGAUGAAGAAAAGGAAAAGUUCAGUUUUUUGUGUGAAUGUUCAAGUAUACAUGAAGUCUCUAGCAUUUCAUUGCUUGUAAAACUAAAGCCAACAAACAGUGAUAAAUUUUUACGAGGACUAGCAGUAUUUUUGAAAGAAUAUAUACCUUACAUGUGUAGAUAUCUUUGAUGUAAAUAUCUGUUUUAAAAGCUGAAUAUUGAAUAUGCAUUCAUAAUAUAUUUAUUUUGAUCUCGUU